UUGUCUUUUAUUUUUAGUUUAAGUAUGUUUAUGCUAGGUUGUGUGCUGAAAGGCGGAACUCAGAAACGCGGGCAUUGCGACACGUCAGCUGAAACUGGCGGAACUAUUUGAGUGAUGCACACGCACCGGAGCUGCUUCCGCGUUUGGAAAGACUGAAAUCAUCACCGCCCGGGUCCGUCUCUGAACAAGCUGCUUUGAUGACCAGUGAAGAGAAAUGGAGCUUUCCGAGUCCAUAACCCAUAUGAAUGGGCGACAGAGGAAGUCUGCGGCGAUGACUGCGGGCGUGACUGACCGGGAGAUGGUGGACGAGGAAGAGGCGCUUGUUCAGGACUCGGACAGUGAGGACGGACGUCCUAUAGCGCGCAGCAGCAUCCAAGGAGAACUGGGCAACGUGUGUCUGCUCCUCUUUCUCUACGUCCUCCAGGGCAUUCCUUUAGGACUGGCAGGCAGCAUUCCUCUCAUCAUGCAAAGUAAAAAUGUUAGCUAUAAAGACCAGGCCUACUUCAGCUUCGUCUUCUGGCCUUUCAGUCUGAAGCUGCUCUGGGCUCCGCUGGUGGACUCGGUCUACGUGCAGCGCUUCGGGCGCAGGAAGUCGUGGCUCGUUCCCACUCAGUACCUGCUCGGGCUCUUCAUGCUGGGACUGUCGUUCACUGUGGAUUCUCUCCUGCAGACGAGUGGAACAGGAGGCCCCGACGUGAUCACCCUCACCGCCGUGUUCUUCAUGCUGGCUUUUCUGGCAGCCACGCAGGACAUCGCGGUUGACGGCUGGGCCCUCACCAUGCUGUCCAGGGAGAACGUGGGAUACGCUUCCACUUGUAACUCGGUAGGCCAGACGGCCGGGUACUUCCUCGGGAACGUCCUGUUUCUGGCACUGGAGUCGGCUGACUUCUGCAACAAGUACCUGAGGUUUGAGCCACAGGAUCAGGGCAUCGUCACACUGUCAGACUUCCUGUUUUUCUGGGGGAUUGUGUUUGUGGUGUCCACCACCCUGGUGGCCCUCCUGAAGUCGGAGAACAGCAGACAGCAGCGCUCCAGGCGGAGACCGAAAGAGGAGACGCAGGGUGUAAUGGAGACGUACAAGCUCCUGUUCUCCAUCAUCAAGCUGCCUGCCGUCUUCACCUUCUGCUGCCUGCUGCUCACGUCAAAGAUGGGGUUCUCGGCAGCAGACUCAGUGACGGGGCUGAAGCUGGUAGAAGCUGGAGUGCCAAAAGCUGAGCUGGCGCUGCUGGCUGUUCCCAUGGUUCCUCUGCAGAUCCUGCUGCCGCUCAUCAUCAGUAAAUACACAGCCGGGCCUCGACCGCUCGACAUCUUCUAUAAAGCCUUUCCUUUCAGGUUGCUGAUCGGUCUGGAGUACGCGCUCCUCGUGUGGUGGACCCCUAGUGUAAAGCAAGAGGAUGGCUUUCCUGUGUAUUACUACGCUGCGGUGCUGCUCAGCUACGCUGUACAUCAGGUGGCGCUGUACAGCAUGUUUGUGGCCUGCAUGGCGUUCCAUGCUAAAGUGAGCGACCCGGUGAUAGGAGGCACGUACAUGACCCUGCUGAACACUGUGACCAAUCUGGGGGGGAACUGGCCAUCCACUGUGGCCCUGUGGCUGGUCGACCCGCUCACGUCGAAACAGUGCGAGGGGGCUGCGGGGCAGACGUGCGGCUCGGCUGAAGAGGCUGGGCUGUGUGUUAAAGAAGGCGGCGUGUGUGUGACGGCUCUGGACGGUUACUACGUGGAGUCGUUUGUGUGUGUGCUGAUCGGACUGGCCUGGUGGAUUUUCUUCGGCAAAAAAAUUAAGCGGUUACAGGAAGAGAGUCCAUCAGCUUGGCAAUGCAGGAUACAGAAAUAACACGAUUAUACCCGGACUCUAAACAGAGGCUAACACUGGACCAAUAGGAGAGCAGUUAGAGGGAUCUCAUUUGCAUAACCCUGACUGAAUUUUAUUUCUCGGUAAUGUUAGAAUUUUUUUAAUUGAAGUAUUGUCCUCCCAGUGAGGAUAUUUGCUCUCCUGCUCUACACUCGUUAGUGGAUUUUCAGACUUUUGGUCGAGCUGUUUGUGAACUGAAGAGAAAAAUGAACGGUGUGGAUUAAAUCAGUACGAUUUUCUGUACUCGGAUCUCCACUGUGGUCGCUCGCUCUGUUUCUCCACCUCAACCACGGGGUUCAUAAGGGACAAAGUACACUCCCUUAAAACUCCUACAUUUCCACUGCACUCACAAUCAGGCUUCAUUUCACAAUUCCCUGCAAAUCUUUGUGCCUUGUGAGUUUUUGUGUUUGUUUCGUUGUUUUUCUGGAGAUGUUGUUGCUUUUCCUCGUCUUGAACAUGAGAAAUCCAGCUGCAAUUCCUAAUACUGUGUUUAAUCAAUAGAGAACAUCUGAAAAAAUGUUCACCCUUAUAUAACUCUCAUCGAUAUUAUAUAGAAUAAUCUGAAUUGUUUCAUUUUAUUGUUUAAUGGAUAUUGCCUUAAAUUAAAAAAAAAUGAUGAUAAUGAGGCAGUAUUUCCUGUUCACCAGCAUCACAACACUUCAAUAAAGAGAAAUGGAUUUUUUUUUGUUUAAUAACAAGACUGCAAUCACUCCUCACAUCUGGAUUUGGAAUCACAGUCUCAUUUUUUUUGUCAUUGUAGACUUGACAUUAUAAUUUGUUCGGAUGUAAGAUAAUUAUUUGACCCCUGUUCUACAUCCUGAUGAGUUUAUCCUGCUUCUUCUUCUUUUUCUUCUUCUUUUUGAUCAUUUAUUACAUUUAAAUAAUUAUUAUAUUAUAAUAGUUAAAAUAUUAUAAUAUAUUUAUAAUUAUAGCAUUAUUUUUAUAAAGUGUUAAUUCAUCACGAUUAAUUAUAAAGGAUUAAUACUAUUGUUACAUAUACAUAUGAUUUUUUACAAAUUAUUUUAUUUUAUUUUAACAGUCAUCACAUAUUUUAACUGUAUAUUAUCCAGAAGGAAACCAGGCAAAGAAACAUCCCUGCUUUAUAGGGGAAUUCCCUUUUAAUAAAAUAAAACUUUACUGUA